CUGCAGGGACAGAUGAGUUGUGAUCGCCCACCUGGUUGUGUUUGGAGGAAGAAGAAGAGGAAGAAGCAGCAGCAGCUCCUCACUGAGUGUGACUCUCUAGCUGACCAACACCUGCGAGCACUUUCAACUCAAACUAAAACAGCUCCACCUCCUCGGACCGUCCUGGUAAAGAGUUGUCACCUUUGGAUGUCUGUAGCCUGACGAUGGAGAAGUACGAGAAGAUAGGAAAGAUCGGAGAGGGCUCCUAUGGCGUCGUCUUCAAGUGCAGGAACAGAGACACGGGGCAGAUCGUCGCCAUCAAGAAGUUUGUGGAGUCAGAGGACGAUCCCAUCAUCAAGAAGAUUGCACUGAGGGAGAUCAGGAUGCUCAAGCAACUGAAACACGCCAACCUGGUGAACCUGAUCGAGGUGUUUCGGCGUAAACGGAAGCUUCACCUGGUGUUCGAGUACUGCGACCACACGGUCCUCAACGAGCUGGACCGCCAUCCCAGAGGAGUUCCUGAGCACCUUGUAAAAAGUAUAACCUGGCAGACUCUUCAAGCGGUCAACUUCUGUCACAAACAAAAUUGCAUCCAUCGAGACGUCAAGCCAGAAAAUAUCCUCAUCACCAAACACCAAGUCAUCAAACUGUGUGACUUUGGGUUCGCCAGGAUUCUCACUGGUCCGUGUGAUUACUACACAGACUACGUGGCGACUCGUUGGUACCGAGCCCCUGAGCUGCUGGUGGGAGACACUCAGUACGGCCCCCCGGUGGACGUGUGGGCGAUUGGUUGUGUGUUCGCCGAGCUGCUGUCAGGGAUCCCUCUGUGGCCCGGGAAGUCUGACAUGGACCAACUGUACCUGAUCAGGAAGACUCUGGGCGACCUGAUCCCUCGACACCAGCAGGUCUUCAGCAACAACCAGUUCUUCUGUGGAGUUUCAAUCCCAGAGCCACAAGAGAUGGAACCUUUGGAGCAGAAAUAUCCAAAUCUGUCACAUCAAGCUCUGAGUCUCAUGAAGGGUUGCCUGAGGAUGGACCCGUCUGAGCGUCUGACGUGUGAGCAGCUGCUCCAACACCCGUACUUUGACAGCCUGCGAGAGAAGAGCGAGAGCACCUCUCGAGAGCAGGACCGCUCCAGCAACAAGAGGACACGUUUACCUCGCAAGCACCUUCCUCCUGGGUAUUUGCCGCAGCUGACCAGCAGCAGCAUCUUCCCAGCGUUGGACAAUAAGAAGUACUACAACAACCUGCGCAAGUUCAACUAUCACCUACCGAACAUCUGAACACGAGCUGAAUGAAACCAUCGACACCAUCAGCGAGCAGCGUUUUCUGAAGACUCAGGAGACAAAGCACAAUCUGGUCACACCUCCGUUUUUUUAAACAAGAGGGUUCAACCACUUUUUAAAGUUUAUGUUUCAUCACUUGGGGUGUGUCGGGUGGCUCUUGAUACUGAUGUCAGUCUAUGCACUAUUCCCCCGACAUGUGGACUCGACGCAUGUUGGUUUUACGUAUGUUGCCUACGUUUCAAGCUGUUUUUGUUGUAUUUUGUAGCCGUGUGAAGACAAGGAGCGAUGUGCUGCUCUGCUCGUAGUCGCUGAGUAGACUGAAGGUAAAACUACCACGUACUGCCUUGCCUGGUUUGCCAAAUGUAUUUUUUAUAAUAUAACGAUGGACUCUUUAAAAAAGUUUGACAUGUUUUUGGUAGUGAGUUUUAUGUCUCGAGUAACUUAUAAUGUAGGACACAAACUUUUUUUUUGUCACGACUCAUGAGCAUUUCUGAAACUAUUUAUUGACGUCAGGAGUGGAUAUUCCUUUAACCAACAUUUAGUAGCAUGUAGCAGUAACAAUACACACAUCGUACUCAUUAUCUGUGGAACUUUGGUGCUAAGGAUGUUCACAGCCAUCUGUCUGUCCUCAGAUAUUGUACACAUGCCAAAUUAAUCUAAAGGGAAUUUAUUCAAAAGGUUUUUCUCUUUGUACCCACAUAUGGAGUAAUAUUUUGAAUGUUGAGAAUAUAAUAAACUACAGAAUAGUUCCAUCUAUCAAAAAAGUGUCAACAAUAUAAAGUGCUUUAACUUUGUUCAUUGCUGUUUUGUUUAAAGGGACAGUUCACCGCAAAAUCAAAAAUACGUAUUUUUCCUCUUAUCUGUACUGUUAUUUAUCAGUCUAGAUAGUUUUGGUGUGAGUUGAACAGUGUUGGAGAUAUCAGCCGUAGAGAUGUCUGCCUUCUCUGCAAUAUAAUGGAACUAGAUGGCACUGAGCUUGUGGUGCUCAAAGCGCCAAAAAAUACAUUAAAAAAACUCAACAGCAAUGUCUCUUUACAGAAAUCAUGACCAGGUUACUCAAUAUAAUCCCGUAAACUGUAUUACUGCGCAGAAGGAAGCGUGCAUCUACUGUUAGCUCACCUAGCACCCCUGGGCUAGCUAACGUUAAUGUCCAGACACGCCAAGCCAACACAGAGCUAGUGGCGCGAACUGUUGUGUCUCCUCAAGUUGUCUGUGCCUCGACCAAAAGGCUCCACUUGAACACAUUGUAAAGACUACGGCCAACGACCAACUAGCACAUACGUUCUGCAUCUGCGUGUAGUCUGUAUUCGUCAUUCAAAAAUGGAAUCGGAAGACCAAUAGGACUGAUUCAAGAUGCUAGUUAGCUAGUUAGCACAUUAACAACACACCCUGAUAUUGAAAGAACAAAAGAUAUUUAUUGUGUGCUAGCAAAAAAACCCACAAACCAUUAUGAACCAUAUCUGUUAAAGAGCUCAUAAGGCUAAAAAAUAGCCCCUACCUAAUAUAACAAGUUUGUUUCAAUCUCAUGCCCUCUUUACUUUAGUCUGUUGUUUACUUUCCUCACUUCCAUUCCUCUAAAUGUGCACUGAGCUGAGCUACCAAUCAGAGUGAUUUUUCUCAUCGAUGGGCUCUGCCAGCUUUGACCCCGAUUCAACAUUCUGAAUGAGCUGAAAAAAGCUGACAAGUGCCAACAGUGUGGGACACUGACCAACAGCAGACCGUCAGCUUCGUGUGUCAGGGUCCUUACAACUCUGUUGAAGAGGACACCUGUGAUGUUUACACCUCAUGCUGUCAGGAGCUCGAGUCUCUCAUCCAUGAGUAGUUGUUGGGUGUAGUCUUGUAGAAAGAAAA